AUGCUACGCAUAACGCCAUUAAAGCAGUCAUGUGACGCGAACCUGAAAGUCCUCUUAAAGUUGCAAGUGAACAAUAAGCGCCAACGAUUGGAUUCCGGUCCGUGGCACUUUGAUUUGUUCCGCCGCCACAAGUACGCCCCCUUGAGGGCGAGAGGGUCGAGGCCAAAACGUGCCUCGAGGAUGCGUUCUGUGGCUUCAUGGAGCAGCUCGCAGCGACGCGUUCGUCGCCCGUGGAUAAUCGGAUCGGACGUUUUCCAUGGGAUCAAUCUGCUCAAUCCCCUGCGGGCACUCGACGGAAUUGGUGAGCCGGAUGUGUGCGGCUGCCGCCACCAGUUUGGCCGC